AUGACAUUUACUCUUACAUCUCUAUGCGAAGUAAAGGACGACAAAAAUAACACCUUAUCUUUUCAUGGUUCUUUAUUGAAAUUUGAAAAUGUGACUAUACUAUUGGAUCCAGGUUGGUUCUACACUAAUUCCAAAAAUCAAGUAAAUACCGAGGAAUUUGAAGACUCUGCCACAAUUUCUAACAAAUUAAUCGAAUUUUGGGAACCUAUAAUAUCUGAUGUAAAUAUAAUUCUAAUUUCACAAUCUUCUAUUGAUUGUUUAGGGUCAUAUGCUUUUUUAUUCACCCUUUUCACUUCAAUUUUUUAUAACAACCAAAUCUUGGUUUAUUCUACACUACCAAUAAUAAGUUUGGGGAGAGUUUCAACGAUUGAAUUAUAUACCGAUUGUAAACUUAUUGGGCCUUUUAUUGAAUCCCAGUUAGAUUUAGAAGAUAUAGAAAUUGCCUUUGAUUAUAUUAGAUCUGUUAAAUAUUCUCAGACAAUUGAUUUGAAAAGUAUUACUUUCACCGACGUUGCUACCAACACUGAAAAUAAUGAUAAAUUCGAUGGAUUGUCAUUUGUUGGUUUUAACUCGGGACAUUCCAUUGGUGGUGUUAUCUGGUGUGUUUCCUAUUUUCAAGAGGAAAAAUUAAUUUAUUGUCCACGUUGGAAUCACACAAGAGAUACUUUAAUUAAUGGUUCACAAAUGAUAGAUACUGGCACUUCAAAACCAAUAACUGCAUUGCAAAGACCAAGUGGAAUUAUUGCAUCCACUAAAUAUACGGUUAGUAGCCAAAAUUCGUUAUCAUGGAGGAGAAAAUUAGAUCUUUUCAAAAAGAUAUUGCAGGAAUUCCUUAACAGUUCCAACAGUAAUACCAUUUUAAUACCGACUACUAUUGGUGGCAGAUUUUUGGAUUUAGUUGCAUGUGUUAUGGACUUUAUUUAUGAAAAUAAAACAUUGAAUCGUAAAAUGGCAACAGCUCCUCCAAUAUACUUGCUUUGUUAUUCAAAAGGUAGAUCUUUGACUUAUGCGAAAAGUAUGCUCGAAUGGCUAUCCAACUCUAUUGUGAAAACAUGGCAGAGUAGGGACAAUAAAACACCAUUUGAUUUGAACAUUAAAAUUGUGACACCAGAAGAACUAAAACAAAAUAAAAACAGAAAUAAAAUGUCGAUGGUUAAUGGUGGAAUAUAUUUUAUAUCAGAUUCGGAGUUAUUAUUUAAUCAAGCUCUUUUAUCUGUAACCGGGAAGUACUCUAUUUUGUUGACUGACCAAUUUAUUCAAACUCCUGUAUUGAAAGAUAUGAUCACUUAUAAACUGUCAUCUAAUACCUACAAUAAUGGUAAACCAAGUCAUUACAGCAAGGAUAUUUUCUUGAAGAUAUCGAAACAAACCAAUCUAGAUGACCAGAAUCUUGUUAAGUAUAAGGAUAUUAUAAAAGAAAGAGAACUUAAGAGGACAACUUUACAGUAUGAAUGGGAAAAUAUUCAGCAAGAAAACAAAAAAAGAUCCUUAAAUGGAUUAAUUAUGGAUGAUUCAAGUGAUGAGGAUGAUGAUGACCAGAAUGUAGAGGAUAACAACCAAAAUGGUAAAUUAGGUAAUGGGGAGGUUUAUAAUAGUGAAAAACAGUUGCUUAACUUUAAAGUACCGAUGGAUACAAUAAUCACAGCGAAUAUGACUAUAAAACAACAAACAUUUCCAUAUAAACAACCCAAAUCAUUGACUAAGAAAGAUGAAUAUGGUGAAAUUGUAGAUUUUUCACAAUUUAUUCCUAUUGAAGAAGAAGAUGACAUAUAUAUUCCCGAAUUACAAAAAAGAUUAAAUUCAGGUUCAGACUCUGAUGGUGACGAUGACGAUGACGAUAAUUAUGACGAUGACGAUGGUAACAAGGAAGAGCAAGAAGAAGAAGAGGAAGAAGAGGAAGAUGGUGACGAUUAUGAUCCAGCAAUGGUUACAAAAUUAACCAAAAAAGUAGCUUUAAAAAAGAAAAAUAAGAACAAAAAUAGGAAUAAUAAAGGUAAGAAGGACAAUAUUAAAAGAAGACAAUCCGUUGAACAAAGAGAAAAAAUAUUAUUUGAUGAUAUAUCGUAUUUGAAUCCAUUGGGAUCCAUGCCUACUAAAUCAGAAAUAGAAGUGAAAAAAUUUAAAAUUGAUUGUAACCUUGCAUUCAUAGAUAUGUCCUCAUUUGUUGACCAAAGAUCAAUGGAAAUUAUCUUGCCCUUAUUAAAACCCAAAAAAAUGAUAUUUAUUGAAUCAGAAAAAGCUUUUAAUGUAAAAGGCAUCAUGGGAACAUCAAAGCUAGUACCUUCCUCCGCUUCUACUUCAUUUUCCACGAACAAUGGGGUAGAGAUUGUCUAUCUUAAUGACCAAAAGGAACAUGAGUUUGCAACGAGUUUUAAAAGUUUAGAUAUUUUUAUUUCCCCAGAGUUGGAAAAGACUUUACAUUGGCAAAAGAUAUUAAAUGGAAAAUACAGGAUUACUGAUGUUCAAGGGAAACUAGUUAAGAGCGAAGAAGAUAAUACAAGACAUAGAUUCAAAUUUGUAUUGCAACCGUUACAUGAUAAUAUGGACAUUGACUCAAAGUACUCAACAGCCCAGCAUUAUAACAACAAUAUACAUAUCGGAGAUGUGAAAUUAACUGAUUUAAGAAGAAUUUUAAACGCAAGGAAUUAUAAAACCGAAUUUAAAGGCGAUGGAACAUUAGUGGUGAACGAUAAGGUUGCUAUUAAGAAAAUAAGUGAUAGUGAAACUAUCGUUGAUGGAAAACCAGAUAAAUUAUUUUACGAAAUUAAAAAGAUUGUUAAAAACAUGUUAGCUACCUUUUGA